AUGGACUAUGCAUAUGUGUUCAAGUAUAUUAUCAUUGGCGAUAUUAACGUGGGUAAAUCUUGUCUUUUACUUCAAUUUACUGAUAAACGUUUUCAAUCUGCACAUGACUGCACGAUAGGUGUUGAAUUCGGCAGUCGAAUAGUCAACGUUGCUGAAAAAGGAGUUAAAUUACAGAUUUGGGAUACGGCUGGUCAAGAACAGUUUCGUUCGAUCAUACGUUCAUACUAUCGAGGAGCAGCUGGAGCACUUCUUGUCUAUGAUAUUACAAAACGCACUACAUUUGACCAUUUGACAAUGUGGAUUAAUGAUUUGCGAAAUUAUUCAACUUCAAAUAUGGUCAUUGUUCUCAUAGGGAACAAAUGUGACUUAUCUGAUCGACGAGAAGUCCAAAAGGAAGAAGGUGAAGCUUUUGCUCGUGACCAUGGAUUGAUAUUCAUAGAGACAUCAGCUAAAACAGCCGUUAACGUCGAAGAUGCAUUUAUCAAGACAGCUCGUGAAAUUUGCAAUAAAAUUGAUGAUGGUGUCUUUGAUCUUACGAAUGAAAUGUGUGGCAUUAAAAUUCAUCACAAACUGCCUAAUGAGAAUCCAAAUACUCGUCGUAAUUCAAAUCCAAAUCAAACUAGUGGUUGUUGUACGUAAAAUGAGAACACAUCGUAACAUACAUAAAACACUCGAGUACUCAUUUUCUUUGCAUGAACAUCUCUGUUUAUGUGUCUACUAUCUUUUCUAAAAGCAUAUACUGAAUUUCUACUCAGAUACAGGAUGUGGGUAUGGGGUGCUGGUAUGUGGAUGUGGAUGUGGAUGUGGGUGUAAGUGUACGGGUCAAUAGCUUAUGCACUAGAGCUAUGAAAUCAUGCUAGGAAUAGAUCGUUGCAAUAUUCGUCAUGCAUUAUCUUUCGUUAUUUUGCAUAUGGAUAGUAUACAUCACAGGUUUUCUUUCUUUUUCUAUAUGCAUGUAUAUUUUCGAUGUCUAAGUUUACUUUUGAUAUAUUCCUCGCGUAUUGGUUAUUCUCUGUAGGGCUGUGCUUUCUUAGCUUAUUAUCAUUUUGGGAUUCUUCAAAAUGGAAAAAUUUCUUCUCUGUAACACCUUAUAUAGAUUGUUAUGAUCUGUAAGGUCAUAAUAGACGAUAGGUUAUUCCACCUCCCAUCUUGUACAUACAUUUGUACAUAUAUAAAAGAUAAAUAAAUAAAUGCGGAAACUUCGGAUUUAAAUCCGAGAGUUAUGUGUACUUCAAAAAGUGAAUGAGACAGAUGGGUCGUUCUAGAACGUGUGGACAUCAAAAUUAUACUGGGGAACCUACCCUCUAAACUGUUGAUUUCUAUUGAGUAUUGCCAAACCAAUAGGACUUGGGACCGAAUACAGCUCAAAUUUGAACUCUUCCCCUUGAUUUACCCUAAGAAAGUCGUUUUUCAUAUAACUUGAUUUUUAUUGGUCACUGCUCAACCAAUAGUAUUUCGAUGGAAGUGGAAUACAGAUUCGAGUUCUCCAUCUCAGAAAAUCUCGAAGUAUUAUCACUGUGAUCGGAAGAUAGAGCUCUAUUUGUGGAUCAAUUAGAUCGUGGACAAAAAUCUAACCUAGUUCUCUUUAAUUAUCUUUGUGAUAGAUGAGCCAACCUUCUUGUUUCUUUAUGUUUUAUAUACCAUUUUGUAGCUCGUGAAAUUCUCUAUCGAAUGGUAUAUAAUAGUUGGGGUUUUAGUUGACUAUGAUAGGAAAAGUCUUU